GGACUACAGGCAUGCGCCACCACACCCUGCUCAUUUUUUUUAUUUUUUCUUUUUUGUAGAGAUGGGGGUUUCGCCAUGUUGCCCAGGCUGUCUUUUUACAUAACUUUAAAGCACUAGCAUCUGUUGAGUUUUUUUCCAAUAACAGAAGUCAUCUGUGCUAACUAUAGAAAAUCCAGAAAUACACAAAACCCCCCACCCAGAACUAACCACUGUUAAUACCUAAAGACUGUGAGCAGCCUGGAGAGGGGCAUGUAGUUGUACCAAGAGCUCAGCGGUGUCGGUGGGGGAGUCUGGCCUUGUGCCCCCUGCCCUCCCCUGUCAUGCACAGGUGCCAUGUUCAAAGACUCCAGAGGGCCCCCUGAGCCUGCUGUGGGCGUCUAGGGAUGCUGGAGUCCUCAGAGGCACCAGUGGGCAAAGACAAGAACGUGGAACCUGCAGCGGGCACAGCUCAGUUUCCUGGGACUUCCGUGAGAAGUCAAUGAGGGCAUGCACAUGAGAGUGACAGAUCGGGACAGAACCGGUCCCUGUGUGGACUCAAAGCUUCCUCUAGAAAAGAACACUUGAGCCCUGUCUCCCCCAGCCCCAGCCCAGUGGCUCACUGCCUUCCUACACUCCACUGGGAGCAGAGAAAGACCUGCCUUGGCUGAAAAGGCUACUGGCCCUGAGAGACAUCGGGACCUUCACCCACCUCUUCACCCCUGAGGGCUUUCCUCCCCCGCAAGCAAAGAAAAAACACCAUCAGGCUCCUCCAAACACAAAUGGUCCAGGAUAGGUGCGGGCAGAGGCUCUGCGUGGCUCGUUCCUGGCCUGUAGCCAUGCACUGCUCCGUGCAGGACCUGAGAAGAGGACACAGAAUGUUCCAGGGAGGCCCCAGGUCAGAAUACAGGUAGCCAUGAGGAGAACAGUUUACUCUCGUAUGCAGGGCAAGCCUAAUCUAGAGAGAAAGUCAGGAACAUUAGAUCUGUUUUUGUGAACACUUGCUCUGUCCCAAGGAAUCCCCUAGAAGUUUUUACAUAAAUGAUAUCAUUUUAUCCUCACAACUCUCCAAUAAGGUGGUAGAGCCUGAUUUUACAGAUCAGGCUCAGAGAGGUUUGGAAGUAGGGCAACUCUGUUUCUAACCCAGGCCUGUUUGCAUAUGAAGCUUAGGCUGGGCCUCACCACCCUGCUUCUCCCAGAGAUGUCUGCCCUCAGCCUCGACCAAAUGGGAGCCCAGGACAGCCAAGAGAGGCCAGGGGCCACUGUGCCUAAGACACAGAGGCCAGGCCACACAUGGCAGACUGCUGACCCCAGCCAGUUAGCAGUGAUGGGGUCAGGCCCUGGAGCCUAGAACCACCGCCUCCCUUGGCCCUGCUGUCCCGGGUUAUCAGGAGCCUGAAGCCCUCAUCUCCACCCACAGGACCAGCCUGUGGGCUCGUGAGAAUACCUCACCAUGGGACAGCUGAACUUGUACCUUGUAUGGAGCUAGCCCCAGCCUCCCACUCCCCAUUCCACAGUCAAUGCUAAUGGGAGCAGGGAGAGGGGUGGACAAGGAGCCAUGGGGAGGCACAGAGAGGGGAAAUUAAGAUUGUUCUGUUUGCAGGAGAUGCCCCCAGGUCCCCAUGCCAUGGCAGUAGAAAUUUGGCAGGGGCGUCCCCUAUGGGGCUUACUUCACCAUGUACCCAGACUUGGAACCAUCACAGACUUCGGAACCAUCAGGAGUCUGGGAGCAACUGAAAGCUGAACUGCAGUGGGCUUUCAGACACACAGCAGGUGGGCGGAGCACAAAUAAGACUGGUUCCCUCCAGGCCCCCAGCAGGGCGGUGGAGGUCUUCACUGACUCCCUGCCCACCUCUCCCAGGACAAUGUCCUGUUGGCUCCACAGUCCCUGAAGCCAGAGCUGGUGGGGGCAGGAAGGCAGCCACUAGCCUCUAUAUGUAGUGGAAGAGGGGGCGUCCAGGGAGGGCUGUAUGAUCCUGAGAGCCACAGAACACAGGGCUGCAAAUACUCUCCCACACCUCACCUGACUGGACUUUCCUCCCACUUCAGGGUUUCUCUGGGCUUCCAUCUUGCCCCCUGCUGAGCCCUGCUUCUUCCUCUACCAGCAGCACAACUCCCAGGCUGGGCUCAGAGACCUCAUGUGGUGGUCACUCAGUGCCCCGAGGGGGAGGGAAGAAGGGAGGGCUGCAGGGUCCCCUUGGCCUACAAACAGGAACACAGGGCGUUUCUCAGUGGCUGUGAGGAUACUGAUGAAACCGCCCGGAUGUUGUGUCACCGUGGUGGCCAGCUGAUAGAGCCGAUCAUCCCACUUUGUCCUGGGCACUCCUGCAGGGGUAGAAGACUCCAGAACCUUCUCUCAGGUCCUUGGCCCAAGCAGCCCAUGGAACUUCAUAACCUGAGUUCUCCCUCCUCCUCUGCCCUCCCUCCCUCCUUCCCUCCCUCACCCUCCUCCGCUCCCUCUGCCUUUACCACUGUGGGGGGGUCCUCUGGAGGGCCCUGCCACCCCACCUCUUCCUCGCUGGUGUCUGCUUUCCUGGCACCAAUCCUGGCCCUGGAGUUUGUCCUGGGCCUGGUGGGGAACAGCUUGGCCUUCUUCAUCUUCUGUGUCCACACGCGGCCCUGGACCUCCAACACAGUGUUCCUGGUCAGCCUGGUGGCCGCUGACUUCCUCCUGAUCAGCAACCUGCCCCUCCGCGUGGACUACUACCUCCUCCAUGAGACCUGGCGCUUUGGGGCUCCUGCCUGCAAAAUCAACCUUUUCCUGCUGUCCACCAACCGCACGGCCAGCGUCGUCUUCCUCACAGCCAUCGCGCUCAACCGCUACCUGAAGGUGGUGCAACCCCAUCACGCGCUGAGCCGUGCUUCCGUGGGGGCAGCUGCCCGGGUGGCCGGGGGACUCUGGGUGGGCAUCCUGCUCCUUAACGGGCACCUGCUCCUGAGCACCUUCUCCAGCCCCUCCUGCCUCAGCUACAGGGUGGGCACGAAGCCCUCGGCCUCACUCCGCUGGCACCAGGCGCUGUACCUGCUGGAGUUCUUCCUGCCACUGACGCUCAUCCUCUUCGCCAUCGUGAGCAUUGGGCUCACCAUCCGGAAUCGUGGCCUGGGCGGGCAGGCAGGUCCGCAGAGGGCCAUGCGCGUGCUGGCCGUGGUGGUGGCCGUCUACACCAUCUGCUUCUUGCCCAGCAUCAUCUUUGGCAUGGCUUCCAUGGUGGCCUUCUGGCUGUCUGCCUGCCGUUCCCUGGACCUCUGCACACAGCUCUUUCAUGGCUCCCUGGCCUUCACCUACCUCAACAGCGUCCUGGACCCUGUGCUCUACUGCUUCUCUAGCCCCAACUUCCUCCACCAGAGCCGGGCCUUGCUAGGCCUCACGAGGGGCCGGCAGGGCCCAGUGAGUGACGAGAGCUCCUACCAACCCUCCAGGCAGUGGCGCCACCGGGAGGCCUCUAGGAAGGUGGAGGCCAUAGGGAAGCUGAAAGUGCAGGCCGAGGUCUCUCUGGAAAAGGAAGGCUCCUCCCAGGGCUGAGGGCCAGCUGCAGGACUGUAGUGCUGUGGGGCUAACGGCUGCCGCACUCUGGCCUGGAGGGACAAGGCCAGCACACGGUGCCUCAAGCAACUGGACAAGGGAUGGCAGCAGGCCAGGGUCCAGGCCAAAGCACUGGCAGGACUCAGGUGGGUGACAGGCAGGGUAACCUGCCUAGGCCUCUCAGUGUGUCCAGGAUGGCGCUCCCAGAAUGCAGGGGAGAGCUGGAUGCCAGGUGGAGGAGACAGGCAAGGCGCUGUGGGCAUGCCAGCUCAGACAGGGGCCUGUGCAGCUGCAGGGGCCAGAGGCCAAUCACUGUCACAGUAGAGUCGCCUUAGAAAUUGGACAGCUGCAUGUUCUGUGCUCUCCAGUUUGUCCCUUCCAAUAUGAAUAAACUCUCCUUCUAAAUGUAUUUAUUUGCAAGACCAAA